UGGUGAGGAUAUGCACAGGAAUCUGAAGUCACUGACUUGUUCAUUUCUGAUUUUGUAUCUCUGCGUGCUUUCCUCAUCUGGAAAUCAUGGGAUGUUGAAGCCAGAAGGAACUUGCUUAAUUAUAAGCAGAAGGGGAAAGGGCUUUAAAGAACUUGGCAAACCUGAAUUCAAACUCUAGUUCAGGCUUAAAGUGGCAACCACCAAUUAUUUAGCUCACAAAUUUACAACUAGGGAGGGUCCAUCAGGGAAGGCUGGUGUCAGUCUGGCAGUCCUAACCGGAGAUUGAAGGAUAUAUUUGUUAGACUUCUUAUUCACCUACAUUAGCAUGUUACUGCUGGCUGUCAGUGGGAGCUUGGCCAGGGUAGGGACCCUAGUUCUUCUCUAUCUGGGCUUUCUGCAAGCUGCUUGGGCUUCCUUACAAUAUGGUGGCUGGAUUCCAAAAAGCAGGAAGUGAAAACUGACAGUUUCUUCUGAUCCUGAAAACAGGCACAGCAUCACUUCCAUGUUAUUUUGCUGUCAGUCACAGAGCCCAGAUUCAAGGGAAUAGCUAUUGAUCCCACAUUUCAAUGGGAAGAGUGUCAAAGAAUUUUGGGUUGCUUUUUUUUUUUUUUUUUUUUUUUGGUACCAGGGAUUGAACCCAGGGGCACUUAACCACUGAGCCACAUCCCUAGCCCUUUUUAUAUUGACAUAGGGUCUUGCCAAGUUGCUUAUGGCCUUGCUAAAUUGCUGAGGCUGGUUUUGCUCUUAUGAUCCUCCUACCUCAGCCUCCUAAGUCACUGGGAUUACAGGCAUGCAUCACCAUCCCAGGCUUUGGGUUACAUUUUAAAACUUCUGUAGGAAUGGAGAUUCUACAUUUUCCCUUUACUCUUAAAAUAAGAUAGGAGUUUAAUCUCUUUGUACCUAGUUUUUAUUAUGUUUUUACAAUGGGAUGAUCCAGCUUGUAUUUGAGCUCAAUCUUGUGGAUUCUAUGUUUUAAUAGCUACAUUCACUCUCCAGAUCUACUGAUACUUCUAUAGUUAAGGCCAAUAUCACUCCAUGUCAUACUCACAACAACCUCCCAAUCUGGCCUCUCUGCCUCUUUUCUUUCUGCCAAACUUGCUCCUUCUGAAGGGCAAAAAGCAAGGAUUGUGUCCUUCUUAGAACUCUUCAAGUUCUCUGUGGCCCUCAGAUUGGAGCUAGCUUUUCCUUUCCCUUGAUGAAUCCACAAUGUCCUCUAUGGUACCUGGGAUUUUAUACUUGCAACAUUCUCUCUACUUCUCUACUGUUCAUCUCGUGAACUUAUACCUCUUUUUCAGGUUCAAGUUUACUGUCUCCUCCAGGAAGACCUCUCAAGACUGGUUGAGAUUCCCUGCUAUUUCCUUCCAUAAUAUCCUGUCUCAAUCCUAUUCAACCCUUUUCAUUUUGUACUGAAAUUGUCCAUUUUCCUGUGUCCCUUAGACUUUGCAUUCUUUGUGGGUGGGGGCAGUGUCUGACUUCACCUUCCUUUUCUGCCCUGGAAGGUAUUAUAGUCGACAUCCUCUUAGGCUCUCUUGGAGUUUUCAUCAUCGAGGAGGCUAUGAGUCUACCAAGUUCUCCCUCCCACAUAUGCAGCCAUAUACCCCAAAUUGGACCCAAGUAACGGAGUUUGUCAUGGUGGGCUUUGCUGGGGUGCAAGAGGCACACCUCCUUUUCUUUGUGCUUUUCCUCACCAUGUACCUGUUCACCUUGGCAGAGAACUUGGCCAUCAUAUUAGUGGUGGGCCUUGACCACCGGCUCCGGAGACCCAUGUAUUUCUUCCUGACACACUUGUCCUGCCUUGAAAUCUUGUACACUUCAGUCACGGUGCCCAAAAUGCUGGCUGGUUUUAUUGGGGUAGAGGGGGGCAAGUAUAUCUCCUAUGCUGGUUGCCUGUCCCAGCUUUUCAUCUUCACCUUCCUUGGGGCAACUGAGUGUUUCCUGCUGGCCGCCAUGGCCUACGACCGCUAUGUGGCCAUCUGUGUGCCCCUCCGCUAUGGGUCCUUGGUGUCCUGGGGCACCUGCAUCCGUCUGGCAGCUGCUUGUUGGCUGGCAGGCUUCCUUACACCCAUUUUGCCCAUCUACCUCAUGUCUCAGCUGGCAUUUUGUGGCCCCAAUGUUGUGGACCACUUCUUCUGCGAUGCCUCGCCCCUACUGGCCUUGUCCUGCUCAGAUGUCACCCUGAAGGAGACGGUGGAUUUCCUGGUAUCUCUGGUUGUGCUCCUGGCCUCCUCUACCGUCAUCGCCGUGUCCUAUGGCAACAUCAUCUGGACACUGCUGCACAUCCGCUCAGCUGCUGAGCGCCAGAAGGCCUUCUCCACCUGUGCGGCUCACCUCAUAGUAGUGGGCCUCUUCUAUGGCACUCUUUUCUUUAUGUAUGUCAGGACCAAAGUGGCCUCCUCCAUCAACUUCAACAAGGUGGUGUCCGUCUUCUACUCCAUCGUCACACCAAUGCUCAACUCCCUCAUCUACAGUCUUCGGAACAAGGAGGUGAAGGGAGCCCUGGGCCGAGCCUUUUCCCUCAAGUCUUGGAAGAGACAUUGAGGAGGUGGAUGGAGGAUACCCAGCCUCCUUUUCUGGGGUAUCCAAAAGGAGCAUGGUAAGGACUAUGGAAGGGAGGUAUGGCUGGGUACCCAGGAGUUAUAGACUAUGCAAUAGUUAAAGGAACAUGCUGCGCUGCUAUAACAAGAGAGACUUAACUACAAGGUAGCUUUAAGAAUGCAGGAUAUUUUGUCUUCCUGGCAGAAGUCCACGGUGAGUGUUCCAGGUUGAUGGGUAGCUCUGAUCAGCAGGUAUUCAAAGGUUCAAGUUCUUUCUAUCUCAUAAGGUCAACCUUCCUUAAGAUGUUGGCAAAGUAAAGCCAGCAGGCCAAAUCUGGCUCAGCACAUGCUUUUUAAUGGCCUGUGAGAUAAGAAUGGUUUUUACCUUCCUAAGUGCCUGAAUGAAAAUUAAAAUAAUAAUAUUUCCUGACACAAAAGUUCAUAAAAUUCAAAUUUCAGUGUCCAUAAAUUAAGUUUUAUUAGAACAUAAUCACAUCCAUGUAUCUUGCUAUAAUGACAACGAGGGCCAUUUUUCUGCUACAAUAGCUAAUCUGAGUAGUUGUGACAGAGACGACUUGCAGCCCCUGAUCUAGAAACUUCUUGCUAUUUAAAUGGUCAGCACUGGGCAAGAGAGGCCAGAGUAAAACCUGGGGGAGACACACUUCUGUGCCUUAAAGUAUCUUGAGCAGAUGUGGUAGUGACCACUUCCACUCACCUUUUUCAGUGAGAAGCGAGUCAAAAGUUACAUCUAAUCACAAAGAAAGUAAAAUUAGUCUCUAGGUAGGCAACCAGAUGCCCAGUUUACUUAUUGUAAAAAAUGGAAGAAAACACAAUUUGAUAGACAACCAGCACUUUCCACCACAGAUGAAAUUCCCAGAAUCAGAGCUGAUUUUCCAUGUGAUUUAUGUUCAUUUGUAAUAUCUGCAUUCUGUGAUUUGAACUAUAGACCAAUCUUCUCACAAAUCAGAUGGUGUUUGCAAAUUGAUUUAAAGAGAUCUCUAUGGCAAUGCCAGUUCUAACUUAUGCUUAAAAAGACAAUUACAAUUCAAGUAGUUCCCUAUAUGUACCAAUUGCGUUCCUAAAGGCAUGUAUAAUCACCAUUUGA